UUUCAAGAGCUGCGUAUAUUUUGUACUUUGCAGUGUCUGAUUUUUGCAGUUUUUACUACGAUAAAGAAACACUUGGCUACAUUUACAAGGAUAUGAAGAAAGGAAAUGUAAAAGCCGCGAAGGCGGAUAAGAAGCCUGCGGUUACUGCUUCAAAUCCGGUUGUCAAGUCAGUCAGCAAAACAGCUGCUGUUAAAGCAAAGAAAAAGGAAGAUGAUGACGCUACACAGAUUGGAGAGGACAUGGAUGAGUGGAUGCAGCCAAAGCAGCUUAUCAAGCCAGAUGACCAACUGGAACUGACUGAGGCAGAGUUAAAGGAAGAGUUUACAAGAAUUCUGACUGCUAACAACCCUCAUGCCCCAAGCAACAUUGUGCGAUACAGCUUCAAGGUAAUUUAAGACUGAAAUAUCCAUACACUAAUCUCAAAGAGGGUCACUGGAAAGGCAAGAGGGAUUUUGUAAACCCAAUUUAAAAAAGUUAAAAUUUAAAAAAUAUGUAAUUA